CCCUCCUUUAAAAUUUGAAUACAUGGGUCCUUUUUUCUCCUUUUGAACCUCCUUAUAAAUAUUUUUUGUUCUGUAAAUUUGUCUCUAUUCACCAUCUCAACCUAGAUCUAUUCUCAUUUUUUCAAACCCUAAAUUCAAAUUUCGGAUCUACGUACCAUGGACCAAAUUCAAAAUGUGGGAACUGUAACAACAUUCAGAUCUAGGGGUUUCAACUUUGUGGUGAUUCAAUUCAUAAAGUUUCAACCUUUUUGCUUAAAAAUGUUGUCAUGGAUGAUGAUGUGCUGAAUAUGCCCAAUUGGGGUUACUAUGAACCCUUCAAGGGGGGGAAUCUCGGUCUGAACCUCAUGCCUGCCAUGAAUGAUCGUGAAACAAAACCAUUUUUUCCUGGUCGUGAUCCAGCUAUGAUAGGAAGUGCAAAUGGGCCCUUGCCCUUUCAGCCACGAGGCUGUGCUGUUUCGGAGUCUGCUACUCCGUUUAACUAUGUGAGGGAUAACUGGAUGACCCCGAGACAUAGGUUUAUCAAUAUGCAGCUGACAAAUCCAAACUAUGCUGUUAUUCCAGAAGCAUCACAAGCACUCUCCUUGCCGGUUAUACCGCAGCCUGAUGCAUCAAGAAACGAGAAUGUGGAGAAUGCUGAAGAAUUGAGUGUUAAGAAGGAAGGUGGCAAGUCGAAGAAAAGGAAGUCUAAGGGUGUUGUUACCACUCCAAAAGCCAAAAAGCCCAGGAAGCCGAAGGAUGAUAGCAGUGUUUCAGCUCAAGGUGUGAAACCACCAAAGAAGACUUUGGCACUUGAAAUCAAUGGAAUUGAAAUGGACAUUUCUGGUCUACCAGUUCCAGUGUGUUCUUGCACUGGGAAUCCUCAGCAGUGUUAUCGCUGGGGCGUUGGAGGCUGGCAAUCAGCUUGCUGUACCACAAAUGUGUCAAUUUAUCCUUUGCCGAUGAGCAUAAAAAGGCGUGGCGCAAGGAUAGCUGGGAGGAAAAUGAGCCAAGGGGCUUUUAAGAAGGUCCUGGAAAAACUUGCUGCUGAAGGUUAUAAUUUUGCUAAUUCUAUUGAUCUGAAGACUCAUUGGGCUAGACAUGGCACCAACAAGUUUGUCACUAUCAGAUAGAAUAGAUGCUGCCGGGUUCAAGAGUGAGUCUGUUUUACCUGUAUACUCACCUGUGUGGUUUAUCAUACAGAUGUUGAAUUAUAGACAUCCAUGAAUUUUCUGUUGUGCUGCGUCUGCCUAAGUUUUGGAUAUUCUAGUUAUUUUUUCUCUCCAGCUUAUUUGACAAUGGCGACAGUCUGUGUUUUAUGGAGUUAAAACAUUUAUUUAGAUGAUUUAUCAAUAGAUAGACUAUUAUCGGAUAAUACCCAUUCACAUUUAUUUAAAAGCAUUGACGCGAUUGUUGUUUCAAA